UCUCUCACUCACUCUCUCAGAGAGUACUUACAGUCAUGGAGGUCCAAAAAAGCAACACAGACCAUGUAGUCCUCAAUAUAGAACACCCAGAUCCCAAGCUCAAACAGUCACCCCAGAAAGACUCCAAUGAUGAUCCACUGUCCCAACCCACAACAAGAACCAAAACCGUUAAGCGCUUAAACUUUUCCAAACCAAGAUCACGUUUUGAAGAGAUCAGCUAUCCUCUUCCACCAAGAACAAUCCAAGAAUCCGAAGAACUCCAAUACUUAAAUCCCCACGGCGACACGUCGUCCACAGAUGACGAUGAUGAAGAGUGGUAUGAAAAGGAAGACGAAAACGAAGAAGAUGAUGAAGCACAAGGCAAGUACAGAAAGAAAAGGAAAAGGAAGAUAAAUAAGAGAGCUGUGAUUGAAUGGGCAUUGUUUCUCAUUAUAAUGACUUGUCUGGUAUGUUCUCUCACACAACCUUCUCUUAAAUAUGAGAAAAAGUGGGGUUUAGAGAUAUGGAAAUGGUGCUUAAUGGUCAUGGUGGUAUUCUGUGGUCGCCUUUUCUCUGGUUGGGUAGUGGGGUUUAUUGUAUUUCUCAUUGAAAGAAACUUCAUGCUUAGAGAAAAAGUACUAUACUUUGUCUAUGGUUUGCGUAAGAGUUUCCAAAACUGUGUUUGGCUUGGCCUUGUCUUAAUAGCAUGGAUGAUCAUGCUCCCUAAUUUUCACAAACAAAACAAGUUCCUCAUGAAGGUGUUUCGAACUCUUAUAGCGGUUCUCAUUGCGGCAACAAUAUGGUUGUUAAAGAUAGUGUUUGUGAAAGUCCUAGCUUCAUCUUUUCAUGUUGCUACAUUCUUUGAUCGAAUGAAAGAGAGUGUGUUUAAUCACUAUAUAUUGGAAACUCUAUCUGGGCCUCCAUUGGAUGAGGAAGAGAGGGACUUGCCUCGUCGAAGAUUACAGGCGUCGAAGACAUUGCCGGCGAGGCUGAGGGAUCAGACGUAUCCAUUCACAAGGUCGAAGAAGUAUGGGUCGAGGAGGAUUGAUAUGGAGAGACUGAGGAAGCUUAGCUCGGAGGCUAGGCCAUCGGCUUGGAGUGUGAAGAGGUUGGUGAGUUAUGUGAGGUCCUCGGGUUUGUCUACUAUUUCAAGGACUGUUGAUGAUUUUGGCAAGGCUGAGUCUGAGAUUAAUAGUGAAUGGGAGGCUAGGAAUUGUGCUCAGAGAGUAUUCAAGAACGUUGCAAAGUCUGAUGCCAAAUAUAUAGACGAGGAAGAUUUACUAAAGUUUUUGAAGAGUGAGGAGGUUCACACUAUAUUUCCUCUCUUUGAAGGAGCAUUGGAAACUGGAAGAAUCACAAAAUCUUCAUUCAGAAACUGGGUGGUCCAUGCCUAUGUUGAGCGUAAAGCUUUAGCUCAUUCCCUGAAUGAUACCAAGACGGCUGUCCAGCAACUUCACAAGUUGGCAAGCGCGAUUGUGACUGUAAUUAUAACUGUGGUGUCCCUUCUGGUAAUGGGUUUGGCCACAACUAAGGUGAUCUUUGUAGUUACAUCUCAGCUACUGCUUGUGGGGUUCAUGUUCCAAAACAUGUGCAAAACUAUGUUUGAGUCCAUCAUUUUUGUGUUUGUGAUGCACCCUUUUGACGUUGGUGAUCGAUGUGUGGUUGAUGGCAUACAGAUGAUUGUUGAAGAGAUGAAUAUAUUGACAACAGUCUUCCUACGGUAUGAUAAUGAGAAAAUAUAUUACCCAAACUCUGUUCUUCUUACGAAGCCAAUCAGCAAUUUCAGAAGAAGUCCGGAUAUGGCCGAUGUUAUUGACUUCACCAUUGAUGUGUCUACUCAUAUAGAUGAUAUUAAUGCCCUGAAGAAGGCUAUACAAGUAUACCUUGAAAGUAAGCCAAAGCAUUGGAGCCCGAAACAUGCUGUGAUAGUGAGGGAGAUUGAGAAUGUAGACAAGAUGAAGAUGGCUCUUUGUGUUCAACACACCAUGAACCAUCAAAAUUAUGGGGAAAAGAACAGUCGAAGAUCAGAUCUAGUCUUGGAAUUAAAAAAGAUUUUUGAAAACCUUGGCAUAAAAUACAACUUUCUUCCUCAAGAGGUACAUGUCACACGAUUCAGCGUGACCAAUGGGGGAAUGGCAAUUCCAUCUUAAACAUAUGCUCAAGUCAGUGUUCUCUUGUAUCUCUCUCCCUCUCUCUCUCUCUACCGAGAAUCAUAGAUGGGUUUGUAUUUUGAUUGAUUCACUAGUAUUUUCACUCCCACCACCAACUUGCUAAAAGAAGAUAUAAAGGUAUUUUUGCAGUGUUGUUGUGUGGAUUUUCGAUGAGAAAUGAUUCAUUAUAAAUGUGACAUUGUUCUCUAAUUGCAAGGGCUUAGAUUCAGUGUCCAAUAGCGCCGAACUCGUUGAGAUAAUGACAUAUGUCCACUUUUAAACAUAUGUCACCAUCUGACUCAAAGUGCACUGGACCUAAACCCUUUGACUGACAUAUGUUGCGCUUGACAUUUGCCAUUAAUUCUGUGAUAUGUAUGUUAAGAAUGUAUCAUGUUUUGUAUUGGAAUGAAA